AUGAUCUCCGGGGACCAAGUUCCUUGCCUGAUUGAUAAUCGCUAUGGGAUCAGUUAUAAAGAAUGUCCUCCGAAUGAAGAGUACCUGCUCUGCGGUUCAGCGUGCCCCUUCAACUGCUCGAACCCUCAGGGGCCAGUCCUCUGCACUGACGCUUGUGCUGAGGGUUGUUUCUGCAAGUCUGGAUAUCUGAGGAAUGACAACGGGACCUGUGUUACGAUGGACCAGUGUGUUGGCAAGGAUGAAAUGUGCGGGCCCAACGAAGAGUUCCUAUCCUGUGGAACAGUGUGCCCUCUCACAUGCAAGCAGCCAGAGCCGCUAGUCUGCGGGAUUGCUUGCGGGAUGGGAUGCUUCUGUAAAUCAGGAUAUGUGCGGGAUACUGUCAACGAUAAAUGCGUGACGCUCGACCAAUGUCCAGUUGAACAAUGUCUGAACCAAAAUGAAGUGUAUGAUCUGUGCAACGCCGCUUGUGAGGCAUCUUGCGAUGAUCCAGAGCCGAUUUGCACUAAAAUCUGCAAGGGCGGCUGCGUCUGCGCACCGGGACUCCUGCGCAACUCGGCUGGCGAGUGUGUGAGUGUUGACAAAUGCGGGAACUACACCGACGAUGCUCUAUCCCAAUAUAUGAGUGUUAUUAACAAUAUUAAUAAGAUUUUACAUUUGUAG